UUUUGUGUGAACGAGCGUGCGGCUAGGAAUUAAACGCGGAUCGAAAAUAAGAAGAAUAGUUGAAACAAUCAUGACGGACCUGCUGAAGAUCACUGAUGCAAUCGUUCUGGAGUACCUGCAGUCCAAGGACAAGAACCUGGCCAAGGUUUACCAGCAGAAGACGAAGGCGGCCAGCGUAGCUAAGAGCACGCCAAAGCUGACAGAGAUUGUGCAGUUCUACCAGACCAAGAGCACCACCAAGAUCCCGGCCAUCAAAGCGACGGCGGCUAACAGCAGCGAUGAGAGCGACUCCGACUCCGAUGCGGAAGAGGCCCCCAAGAAGCCAGCAGCAGCGGCUCCACUGACCAACGGCAAAUCCGCCAAACCGCAGGCCUCUAGCAGUGAGGACAGCAGCUCCGAGGAAGAGAAGAAGCCAGCGGCAAAGGCCACUCCGGCCAAGGCAGCCCCAGCCGCCAAAAAGGCAGAUUCGUCCAGCGAAGACAGUUCGUCGGAAGACGAGGCACCCAAAAAGGUAGCGCCAGCAAAGGCGGCUCCCGCCAAGAAGGCAGCCUCCAGCAGCGAGGACAGCGAUUCCGAUGAUGAUAAGAAGCCAGCAGCAAAGGCUCCGGCCAAGGCAGCCCCAGCCGCCAAAAAGGCUGCUUCCUCCAGCGAAGACAGUUCUUCGGAAGACGAGGCACCCAAGAAGGCAGCGCCAGCAAAGGCGACUCCCGCCAAGAAGGCAGCCUCGAGCAGCGAGGACAGCAGUUCCGAGGAGGAAAAGAAACCAGCGGCAAAGGCCACUCCGGCCAAGGCUACUCCGGCUAAAAAGGCUGCAUCCUCCAGUGAGGACAGCGACUCCGACGACGAGCCAGCCGCUAAGAAACCUGCGGUCCAGGCUGCCGCUAAAGUUGCCGCUAAGCCUGCCGCUUCCAGCAGCGAGGACAGCGAUUCCGAUGAUGAUAAGAAGCCGGCAGCAAAGGCUCCGGCCAAGGCGACACCAGCCAAGAAGGCUGCUUCCUCCAGUGAAGACAGCUCCUCGGAAGACGAGGCACCCAAGAAGGCGGCUGCACCAGUCAAGUCCACGCCGGCCAAGGCUGCUCCCGCCAAGAAGGCUGCAAGCUCCAGUGAGGAAAGUUCGUCGGAAGACGAGGCACCCAAAAAGGCUGCUGCCACGCCAAAGCCCACACCAGCGAAGAAGGCCGGAUCAUCCAGUGACGACAGCGACUCGGAUGAGGCUCCUAAGAAGCCGGCAGCCAAGCCUGCUGCAAAGGCUGCUCCUGCCAAGAAAGCAGACUCCGAGGACUCUUCUGACGAUAGCGACAGCUCUGAGGACGAAAAGCCUGCCAAGGCAGCUGCUCCCAAGGCACCGGCCAAGGCCGCCGCCUCGAGCAGCGAGGACUCUAGCGACGAUGAGGCGCCUGCGGUGAAGCCAACUGUCAAGAAGACCGCUACCCCCGCCAAGGCGCAGGAAAGCAGCAGCAGCGACGACUCUGGCGAGGAAUCCGGCGAGGUGAAGCCCAAGGCGUUGGCCAAUGGCGGAGCAAAGCCCGCGCAGAAGCGCAAGUUCAGUGGUGGUGACCAGGACGACGCUACUCCCAACAAGAAGUACAACAACUUUGUCAAAUCGGGAGAUCAGCAGGACGGCGGCUUCAAGAAGCACAACAACGGUCGUGGCGGCCGGGGCGGAUCCGGGUUCGCCGGACGUCCGGAUCGCAGCAACUGGGAGACCAACAAGAAUAACGGCGAGGAUGGCGGCGAGGGAGGCGGCUUCAAGAAGAUUGGCGAUCGCAGGAGCUUCGGAGGCUUCGACAACAACCAGCGCGGUGGACGCGGAGGACGAGGCGGCGGCGGCGGCGGACGUGGAGGAGGAGGAGGCGGCUUCGGCGGACGCGGAGGUGGUGGCCGUGGAGGCGGUGGUGGCUUCGGCGGACGUGGUGGAGGCGGCCGUGGAGGCGGCGGCGGCUUUGGCGGACGGGGAGGCGGUGGCCGUGGGGGCGGUGGACGUGGCGGUGGAUUUGGUAACAAGUCCUUCGACUCGUCGGCGCCCAAGCCAAACAAAAAGAUCACGUUCGACAAUUAGAGUUAGUUUAGUUAGCACCUCCCACCCGUAAACACACACACAAACACAUCCUUGAUGCAGUAAUGUUGUUAUCGACUAACCUGUUUAUAUUAUUUGUAAACCACGAUAGAAAAACGCUGCCGGCUCUUGGGGCGAGCGGGCCAAUAAGGACCUGAAGCACACGCGCGGCAAGUCCUUCAAACACGAGAAGACCAAGAAGAAGCGUGGCAGCUAUCGAGGCGGCCAAAUUGACACGGGAGUCAAUUCAAUAAA